AUGCAAAGCAACUCAGGUGUUUUAUCCCAAGGACAAAUGUCGUUGAAACAAAUUCACAUUCAGGUAAUUCCUUUCGUUAUACCCUUGAAACCUGGUAACUGAGACCACGCACUAACAUCAUCCUAAAGUGUGAAAUGUUAGCUAAAAUGGAAUGUAAUACAAUUUCCAUCUUAAAGGAAGUAUGUUUCUUUUGGAUGCGGUUGAAUGAAUUGAAAAAAGAGGUCAGGAAAGUCAGUUCAACUAAUUAUCCUGCCCACUAAGUGAUGAAAUCGCUCUAACUUUUUAAAAGAUUUCUCAAGGUUAUUACCGACCAUACAAAAUCGCAGCUGUUUCUCAUAACAGUCAAUUUGCCUACUUUGAUUUGUGUGACUCUGUGUUUACAUUCUUGAUCACCUUUGAGAUUUUUCCCCCCCUUGGAUUCUAUCUUUCUAAAACGCUCGUGCACUGUUAAUGCUUCUCCAUUCAUAUUGGCCUUAGAAUCAUGGAAAUCAUGGUUAGAUUUUGCUCUAUAAUUUUCGUGAAGAGCUAUGUUUACUAUGAAAGGACAAGCCCCAAAGAACCCUCAGUUGUUAAUGCUAAAACCAUGACAAAAUUUUGCACAGAGGAUGCCGUGAGAGAUAUCUGCGAUGAUAUGACAAUUAAAAAGUGUCUUACUUGUCACUAAAGUAAAAAAAAAUAAAAAGCGAAAGAAAGAGAUUAACAAUAAUAAAUAAACAAACAAAUAUUACUUUUAAAAAGGGAGAAAAAUAUAAAUUACAGAACAGUGAUAGAAGAAUGGAAAUGGAAUGCGUACAAACAACUCUGUUGGACAAUGUCCGCAUAGAUAUUUACGUGAGUUUGAUAUGACGAGAACAUGCAUAUUUGUCUCUUCCACAGACUGUGCAUCAUCUAGAUGUAUUGAUUAAGUGCUAAACAUGACAUUUUGUGCAGGGAAUAGACAUGUUUGGGAGUAAUGUUGGCUUCCUAAAGUUCAAAGCCGAUGUUCUUGACAAUGAAACGGGAAAGAAGGUCCUGACUUAAAUUUGUUGUUCCAAUUUUGACUUGGCAUGCAAAAUAUAUUUUUCCAUCACCUUCUGUAAUAGACAUAUUACUUAUUUUAUAGAGGAUGACAUUUUCCGAACUUGAUUGAAGAUGUACUCCAGAAACACCUCUACAUAUCCUUUGCUUCUAUUAAUUUAUCAUCCUCUCAUAAAUGAUUAGAAUGCGCUCACUUCAUUUAUAGUAUUUGAAUAAUGUGUUCACCUUCUAAGUAAAAGAAGCUAUACGGACAUUUUUUAAUUUCAAGUAUAUCAUUGAAUUUUUCGUUAUGGGCAAUGGGACUUAAAUGAUAUAUCUAUAAAAAUGCAUCCGGUGGGCUCCAAAUAUCAAUCUUGACUUGUAAUCGAGAUACUCUAUAUUUUGUAUUUCAGUUACUUAAAGUGCUUUAAAUAAAUCUUUUAGGUUCCUGGCAUUGUAUUUUCACGUGGACCAGCUGUUGCUGUGCUGAUCCUUUUAAAGUCAUCUGGAGAAGAUUAUGUUGUUCUCACAGAGCAGGUACUUCUAUUUCCUCUUUGGAUAAUUUUAUAUCUGUGUUCCACCUGGAUGGUUCAGUUUUAGGGCUUCCAUGUCAUAUUUUCCCACAUCAAUUUUAUAACCCUCUCCAGUUUCUUCUUUUAGUUCCAGUUUCCAAAUAUUUGAGCCCUGGGUAUGAUUUUGCAGCUGUAUCCUGGCACAUUAUGAGAGUAGAAUAAUUAUUAUCGUAGAUACCAUACAUUGAAGCUUGCAAAACCUUGUCCCUCCAUAAAACCACUAUUUUGUUUCCUCCAGGAGUUCUUCUACCUGUUUUCCUCAGAAUAAGUCUAGAAUUCCCGACACAUUCAUUAUUGCCCUGAGUUGAAGCAUAUGGUAACAUCUGGAAUGGUACUUUCAAAUCACUUUAGACCUUCUGUUGCUCGUUGCAUUUCAUUCAGCUAGUUUAUAUCUCAUUUAUUGUAAUGUUUUUCAGAGUCUGUUUGAUGUACUAAACUUAAGUGUUUUCUUUUCCAAGGAGAACCUACGAAUAAUUAACAGUGGCAUCUUACUCAAUUUCCUUAUUUCUGAUAAUAAGUGAUCGGUUAGGGCAUUAUAUUUAAUCCAUACAUCUUUCUGAAAAUCGCGUAAAUCUUGAUAAGGAUGGACGUAAAUUACCAAGAAGGAGACAUUGAUUCAUUCCCUUAUGUUUGCAUUCAUAAUGCAAAGGCCAGGGUCCCUGUUGGGAGGCUGAUUUUGGAACUUCCCGCUGGAAUGCUGGAUGGCGACGGAACUGAUAUUGUGGGCACAGCCGUACGCGAGGUACUUCAUAUUUUCCUUCGUGGGCUUUAUUUUUAUCCAAAAAUGUGAACUUUUUAUAGCACUUCUCUUUAUUCAUCCGUCUGAGCAUUACUUAUUGCAACUGUGGACACGAAAGCCCUGAAAAUAGCCAGUGUAGCCUUUCUGGGCAAAGAAAGGAAAGAAAAGGACGGGGAAGUCUGCCAAGGAGAGGCAGCGGUAGAAGAAGAAGAAGCAGAAACAGGAGACCUGACAAGGAAUCUGAGGUGCCGUUGCGUGCUCACCCUGAGUAUUGAAGCUCUGCCGGCAGCCUGCAGUCGGUGAAGGCGAGGCCCCACUGCCGCCACCGUCGGGCAAGGAAAAAAACAGCCCCCCGUCAAGGGAGAGGAGCGGCCACUCAGGGGAAAAGGAAGCACCGUCGCCUUGAGGCGGAGCAGUUGCCGCGGAGAACCAAGCGCCCGCGCCCCCGUUCGCCGUUUCUCAUCGGAACUAAAAGAGAAGAGAACAAAGAGUGGAGGUGACUGUCAUCUGCCGGUGGGGAGGACGAGGCGCGAAACCCGCUGCCGUCUAAAAAAGGCUAACGAACUGAAGGGCAAGCCAUCGACCGUUUCCUCGUUUUCAGAUGGGAUACCAAAUAAUAUGAAUGACCUGGAAUAAAAUUAACUCCCAAGGGCGUUAUCGUCUACAGGAGAUGGCCGGAACCUUACGAAAGAGGCCCGUCCUGUAUGCCAAAGAGAAGAUGACGAGAUAAUUGACCGUAGGCUCUGCUACACAGCAGAGAGGAGUAGGGGAACCCAGAUCUGAUCUAGUCACAGCAGCUCAUGCCUUACCCAUCCGAAGAAGCACGGGGUAUUCCAAGAAGCCUGUGCUCUUAAGAAAUUGAACGUCUUUUCUGUGAGAGUCUGCGCUCUUAAGAGCAUGUGCUCCGAGGAGCAGUUGCUCUUAAGAAGCCUGUGCUCUUAAGACCCAGUAAGUCCUCAUGUGAGAAUAUUGUGUUAUUAGGACCCAGUAAGCCCCAGUAUGUGCACUGAGUGUCUGGUCAAAUAAGGUCUUAUGUCUCCAUUGCGCCCAGUGGUCUUAUACAGUGCAUUUGAACCAAAUUAAACUUUGUUUAGCCAUUUUGCAUUUGGAUAUAGGAGGAUCCUAUGCAAUCCUUUGUGUGCAGAGAUAUACUGACGUGUCUUUGGCCUCAAUAUGACCUUAUGUGCACCUCAGGGCCAGUUUUAGAAGUUACAAUGUCUAUGCAUGUUAUAUAUUUUAUUAUUUAAUUUUUUGUUUAAAUAUACAUACAAAAGUAUCACCCUGCCGCCUAGGCUUAAAAUGGUGAACCACCGCAUUAUUCCCCUGGUUUGUUUAGAAACCUUGGUUUGCAGUUAGCAGACAGGUUCCGUUUCUAUUUGGCAUCAUAUUAGUUGUUCAUUUUAAUUAUUUCCGUAUUUUUUUAUAUGCAAAGAACAUUGAGGAACCAGAAAAAGUUAAAAGUUUAUUUGCGGGGAUAUUUUUUAAAAAAAUAAUGGCUUGAUAUCGAUGAGAUAGAUUUUACAAAAAUGGCUGAUAUUUUUAGUGGCUAAGAGGACUCCAACCUGAGAAUACGCUUGAAAAUAUAAGCUUAGCAAUCAUCGGGGUAUAUAAAAGACUAUUAAGAGUUGCACUUUUCCUGCAAUUCGGUGUUUUGAUAAAUGCAUGGAAUCGCUUAAAUGGCACAUAUGUGAAUGAUCUCUUGAUAGCUGUUAUUCUCCUUUAUAUUUGCGCGUAAUGACCUAUCCAAGGCCACAACAGGUUGAAGAAGAGACUGGCAUAUCCUUAAAUUCUGCUGAUAUGGUGAAUCUGACGGCUUUCCUCGACCCAUCAACCGGAUGCAAAAUCUUUCCCUCAGCGGUAUGUUAAUUUUGAUCUUACUUUCAGCGGCAUCAUCAUUUGGUGAUUUACUCUAGAAAUGGGUGUAUAAUUAGCCAUUCAUUCCUCGUCAUAAACUCAAACCCACAACGCAUAAUAGAGCAGUGGAGGCAAAUUUUCAUGGUCAUAAGAUUUUUCUUGGUUUCUCUGAAGAAUGAUGGCAACUCUGAGGAGGGUGAAGAUGAUCUAGAACAUCUCGCUUAGGUAAUUCUACGAUCCAUCAGCUGUUGGGGCGAAAUAGGCUUGCCAAAUGGUUUUGGAGGCUGGGAUUUUCGCCCAAUCAUUUCACAACAAUGAACGAUGAUCUUACUCAACCGUCGUGCGGUAGCGCCGAAAUCAUUCAUCUUCUUUGAUUACUCACAUGCCUUUUGAAUCAUGGUAUUCAGGGCGGAUGCGACGAAGAGAUAAGCCUGUUUCUGUACAAGGGCCAGGUAGAUCAGGGGGUUAUAGACGCACUCCGUGGAAAGGAGAUGGGCCUCAGAGACCACGGCGAGCUGAUCAAGGUUCACGUCGUCCCCUACCGCAAGCUCUGGCGCAUGACUGCCGAUUCGAAGGUCCUCUCUGCUGUCGCUCUCUAUGAGAUGGCCAUAAGGGACGGGCUCCUGCCCUCUUGA